AUGGCGAUUCGAGUAUUUAUAGUGGUGGGGACGCUGUUAGUUAUAGGCGCUGCUUUUGUUGGAUCCGCCACCAUAACGGAUUACUUCGGAAAUGAAGCAUACGAUAAUGGCACAAUAUUAUGGGCGUCCGUACCUGCGGGUACGAAAUAUAAAACAACGAAUAGUUAUAAUGAUGGAGGUCUGGGAGCCUUGUUUGCAUUUGCCCGGAGUUUCAUCAACACUAUCCAAUCAAAACCGUUCCCUUUCGAUCUGAUAAAGAAAAUCAUGAAUGGUGAAUUUGACAUUGGUGGACAGUAUAUGGAGCUGAUAAAUUACGCCAUGGGUUUUGGAAUCUGCGUGGUUAUUGGACUGUUGUACGUUGUAUUUUUACCAUUAUGUGGCUGCUGCUUCUGUUGUUGUCGUUGCUGUGGUAACUGCGGUGGAGACAUGAAAGCGGAAUAUGAUGACAACGAAGAUUGUAAAAGAAUGGGAUAUGCGCAAGCUGUGUUUUUAUUGGCCAUUCUGAUGACAGCCUCCGCUGGCUGCGUUUACGCCACAAACAGUCGUUUCACUCUGGCCCUGGAUUACGCUGACGGCAACAUCGCAGACAACCUAGAUGAUAUCUAUGCUUACUCCAAAAACAUACAAUCGCAAUUUCGAUAUAUUGCCAUUGAUAUGUACACGAUCGUGGCAGAUGCUAUAAUAAGGGACAUUUCAGGAAUGGGAGCUGUCUUAACUUCAAAGAUUUUUGCUGUGCUUGACAUCGAUCCUGUUAUCAAUGCUGUUUUAGCGCUUGACAAAAAUUUGAAUGAGAUUGAUAACAACUUGGAUACGGUCAUCGCCGACAAGAAUUCCCUGGUAUCUGCAGCAAACACGCUGUCUUCCAGUCUGUCAUCUCUAAAGUCAGGGAUUGAUUCCACAAAAACAUCGUGUGCUAGCGACUGCACCCCAACCACUGCCUGCGACGGAUUUGAUACGUCACAGAUGACGAUGAACGCAGAUUUCUCCGCGCUUCCUGAUUUAUCAUCAGUCCAAACCGCCAUUAAGGAUGUUGUGGCCAAAAACUUAACCAAAGUAGCUUUAGAGGCCAAGACUUCUUUAGACAAUAUGCAAGUUACAAUAGAUAGUGAAACGUCCUCAAUACAAUCUUCACUUCAAUCGACCUUGGACACUUUCAAGUCUACAUUAAACACCAUGGUGGAUAGUUUUCUGGCUCAAGUCAAUGAUGCUUUCAAUACACGAGAGUUGAAAACUUCCAUGGGGAAUUUCUUCAAAUCUGCAUUGGAAUAUGACGUAUACAGGCAGUACUUCGGUUAUGGCUUGAUGGCGAUUUUCUCCUUCAUUCCCGUGUUACUGAUCGUUGGUAUCCUAUGUGGAUGCUGUUGCAAGAAAAAGGAUGUCAAGCCGACACAGAGAGGGGGUUGUGAAAGUUGCGGAGGAUGUUUGCUCAUUUUAGCUGUUGCCCUUAUGUUUAUCAUUGGAGCCUUGUUGAUGUUGCUGACAACUGUGGCAUUCAUGAUCGGAGGAAACUUUGAGAAAAUCUGUCAAACAUUUUUUGACAUGUCUAUUUUCCGCGAUUUUGUGGACCAGAAUGGCAUUCCAGGUUUUAACUUAGGACAAAUGCUUUUGAACGAUCCUAACGCUAAUAUUAGCUUGUACGCGACCUUUCUUGGUUGUAGACUAAACAAAGCCCCAUUUGAGCUUCUGCAGCUGAACCAAAUUAUUCCUAUCGACAACUACCUUAAUUACAGUCAGUAUAUGGGUGACAUUGACACCCAAAUCAACCAAAUAAGCAGUGCAGUUGAUCUGUCGUCGUACAAGGUACUGACGCCGGACAUGGAACAAAGUCUCAACGACUUCAAGAAUUCCGGAAUUGACAAUAUUAAUUUUACUUCUAUCAAUCAGACGCUAUCACAAAGUAUUGUUACCAUUGAUCUGAAUUCCAUGAUAUCUGCAAUGGAGGCCAUAAGGGACAAAUGUACUGGAACAAGUCGGAACAAUUGGAUACAACACAUCGAUGACACAAAAACCAUUCGAGACACGCACCUUCCCGCUGUUGAAACGGCAAAGACGACUCUACAAACAUCCAUGGGCCAACUAGAAGGAUCUAUUGGUGGUGUAACAAGUAAAAUAGAUAAUGUUAUAAGUACAGCACAGACAGCAGAUAACCAGAUUCAAACUAACGCCACAGCAGUCCUGACUGAUGUGGCAUUGACCUAUAAAAACCUGAUUUUAGGUUACAUUGAUUCCUACAUAGAAAGAACACGAUGGCUGAUAUUUAAUGACCUUGCCAAUUGCCUACCACUUUGGAAUAUGUACGAAUCUUUUACUACAAUGCUCUGUAGUUAUACAGUUGAUGCCCUGAAUGGAUUUUGGUUUGGUACUGGUUGGGCUUUAGUUCUUUUUGUUCCGGUAAUAAUUACUUCCGUCAAACUGUCCAAAUACUACCGGCGAAUGAAAGAGUGCGAGGGAUAUGGAGAUGACUCAGAUGACGAUGAAGAUUUCAGUGACGACGACGAUGACUAUGAUUAUCCAUCAAGGUAUAACCAAGUGUCGCCGUCCUAGACACCGAUUUUCUUCGAGAUUCAAAUAUACAGCUGUGAAAUCUGAAUCGAAUUAAUCAAUAUGAUAAUAUGACUUCUGUAAGCCCGAUCAAAAAUUG